AUGUCGAAAGCUAUCGUCAAAACAACCUUCGAGGCGUCACGCACGCUCCGUCCCAUUUACACCGGCGGUAGCACGGCGCUGGAUGCCAGCGGCCGCAUCUUGCUGAGCUGCGUCGGCGAAGAUGCCUUGAUUGUUGAUUUGGAGACUGGCAACCAGUUGGCCAGCCUUGAAGGAGAUGGAGAAAUUGUCACUGGCUUGGCGAUUACACCGUCUGCCUCGCACGCCAUUGUCUGCUCGCGAUCGAUGUCUAUGCGCAUUUACUCCCUCACAGCUUUCGACGAAUCUUCGCAAACCAUUGAAGCAAAGCUUCUUCGCACUCUCAAGCCUCACACGGCACCCGUUGUAACCAUCUCCGUGGAUUCCACCGGUACACUGCUUGCCACUGGUGGUGCCGAUGGGUCGAUCAAAGUUUGGGAUAUCAGAGGUGGCUUCGUCACCCAUACCUUCCAUGGUCACGGUGGUGUCGUUUCGGCGCUGUGCUUCUUCGAAGUCCCCACUGCCGACGGACAGACCAAGGGUACCAAGAGCAAGCAAUCUAAGCGAAAGGCUUCAGGUGACGACGAUGAAGAUAUGGAUGAGGAGUCUACCCCAACCGGUUCUAUUGCAGGAUUCCGCUUAGCGUCUGGUAGUGAAGAUGGCAAGCUCCGCGUGUGGGAUCUUCACAAGAGAAAGUCUAUUGCAUCGCUCGAGUCACAUGUCUCUCUCGUUCGAAGUCUGUCCUUCUCUCCGUCAGAGAACGCACUGAUCUCCGCCAGCAGAGAUAAGACAGUGAUCGUCUGGGAUGCGCGCACCUGGAAGACCCGCCGGAUCAUUCCCGUUCUUGAGAGCGUGGAGGCCGCUGCCUUCAUCGCGGAUACUCCGCUGUGUGUGAUUGGUGGAGAAAAUGGUAAAUUGCGAGUUUGGGACUGCAACCGUGGAAGUGAGGUUACCGAAGAACAAGAAGCCGGUGAGGAGUUCGAGAGUGUCGUCGCCAUCCAAUACUCGGUCGGGCUAUCGUUCGUCCUCACUGUUCACGCAGACCAAACUUUGCGCAUCCACUCACUGGAGGCGCUGUCUGGAUAUAAGCCAGGGUCCAGCUUGGAGCCGCUAACGGUCACUCGUCGCAUUUCUGGCAAUGACGAUGAAAUCAUCGAUCUGGCCUAUGUUGGAGCUGAUCGAUCAAUGAUCGCUUUGGCCACCAACACUGAAAGUAUUCGCGUGGUCUCAUGUGCCCCGUCUGAAGAUCGACCCUCGACCCAAGGAGAGGAAUACUUCGGUGCCGAUGUCACGCAUCUUGAGGGCCACGACGAUAUUAUCAUCUGCAUGGAUGUUGACUGGUCAGGACACUGGCUUGCAACUGGUGCCAAGGACAACACAGCCCGCCUCUGGCGUAUUGACCCCAAAAAUUCCUCCUAUACCUGCUUUGCUACCUUCACCGGUCACGCCGAAUCACUGGGAGCAAUCGCCCUUCCUCGCGUGCCCCCAGCUGUUGGCAGCGCCGCCUAUAAUGACCCCGUGAACCACCCCCCUUCGUUCUUGAUUACAGGUUCUCAAGACCGCACAAUCAAGAGAUGGGACACAAGCAAGCUUGCUCCCCUACAGGGAGAAAAGCCACACUCGCCCAAGGCAAUCUAUACUCGCAAAGCCCACGAGAAGGACAUUAAUGCCAUUGAUGUCGAUUCUACAUCCGAACUAUUCGCUUCAGCAUCACAAGAUCGCACCGUGAAGAUUUGGGCCGCCGACGAAGGCACAGCAGUCGGUGUUUUGCGUGGCCACAAGCGAGGUGUUUGGUCUGUGCGGUUCGCUCCUCAGGGUACUCCGAUUGUUAACUCGGACUCGCGCACAAGCACAAGCCGUGGCCUGGCAGUCACAGGAUCUGGUGACAAGACCGUCAAGCUAUGGAGCUUGUCUGACUACACCUGUCUCCUCACUUUCGAGGGUCACACCAACAGUGUCCUCAAAGUUCUCUGGCUUCCCCCUCCUCAGGUCUCCAACAGAGACGAUGACGAGGAGGACGAGGUGGCGGCGGCGGCACGUAAGAACGAAGCGAUCCAGGCUCGUCCCCUCGUUGCCUCUGCAGCAGCAGACGGUCUUGUCAAGAUCUGGUCUCCCUACACAGGCGAGCUCGAAACAACGCUAGACAACCACAUUGACCGAGUCUGGGCUCUGGCUAGCCCAACACCCUCUGGUUCACGCUCAGACGUGAAACAGACCAACUCUACCUCCGUUCCCUACGCCAUCGCCUCCGGCUCCGCCGAUGCGACUGUGACUUUCUGGACUGAUACCACAUCAGCGACAUAUACCGCCGCUGUCAACGCCAACUCUGCUCGCGUUGAGCAAGACCAAGAACUGCAGAACUACAUCCGUGCCGGUGCCUACCGUGAAGCCAUCACUCUGGCGCUUCAGCUCAACCACCCUGGCAGACUGCUCUCGCUCUUCACGGCCGCCAUCAAUGCCGCAGACGACCCUACCUCAUCUGCCGAGGACCGUGAACGUGCCGCGGGCAGUCUGUCCGGUAACCCGGACAUUGACGAGGUUUUGCAGAACCUAGACCCUGCAAACCUGCGCACUCUCCUGCUCCGUCUCCGUGACUGGAACACCAACGCUCGCACGUCUCGCGUGUCGCAGCGCAUCCUCUAUGUUCUAUUCCGCUCCUACCCUGCUUCCACCUUCGUGGAGCUGGCAACCCAGUCAGUGCGUGGAAAGAACGGUCGCGCUGCCGCGGGCCUGAAGGACAUCCUGCAGGCGCUGGCUGCAUACACGGAGAGACACUACCGCCGUGUUGAAGAGCUGGUCGAUGACAGCUAUCUGGUGGAGUGGGUUCUCGGUGAAAUGGAUGGCGGCGUUGGACUUGGUGGACUUCGUGAUCUGACUGUGAGUGAUGUUGAAGAAGAGCACGAGAAAGAUGUUGUCAUGUUAGAAGCAUAA